CUCCACGGCUACAUGGACAGUGAGCCACUGACCCUGCAGCUGUUCAUAGGCACAGCUGACGACAGGCUGCUGAGGCCCCACGCCUUCUACCAGGUCCACCGCAUCACCGGGAAGACAGUGUCCACCCCGAGCCACGAGGCCAUGCACAACAACACCAAGAUCCUGGAGAUCCCACUGCUGCCAGAGAACAACAUGCGGGCCAUAAUCGACUGCGCAGGGAUCUUGAAGCUGCGUAAUUCAGAUAUUGAGCUGAGAAAGGGGGAGACUGACAUCGGACGCAAGAACACACGUGUGCGGAUGGUUUUCAGAGUUCACAUCAAUCAGGCCACAGGGAGGACGGUGUCCUUGCAGGUGUCAUCCAACCCCAUUGAGUGCU